AAGAAUUACACUCCUUGCCCCCAACACCACUCGGGGUUCUCCUUUGCCACUCCAUUUCCAGCAAUUCUCUCUCUCUCUCUCUCUCUCUCUCUCUCUCUCUCUCUCACUCAGCCUGUUUCAUCGUCUUCUUCAUCGAUUCAUGUUUUUACAGAAGUGAGUGACAGGAGGCCGGAGAUCGCACCACUGUGCACCGAUCGUUUCUCCUGCGAUCUUAUCUAUGGAUGGAAUGUACGGUUUCCAUUUGGCGGGAGACUACUCGGAGAAGGCUGCGCUGAUGUUGACGCCGGAGGCUCUGGUGCUGCCGUCCGACUACCAGGCCUUGCUUUGCUCCUCCACCGGUGAGAAUCGCGUAUCCGACGAGCUUAUCUCCGCCGCCGCUUCCGCUUUGUCCUCGGAGGCGGCGUCGAUCGCUGCUCCGGAGUUCCGACGAGCUGAGGACAACGUAUCCCUCGGUGUCUUCAAGGCCAAAAUCGCCUGUCAUCCGUUGUAUCCUCGCUUACUCCAGGCCUACAUCGAUUGCCAGAAGGUAGGAGCGCCUCCGGAGAUCGCGGGAUUGUUGGACGAGAUUCAGAAGGAGAGCGAUGUGUUCAAGCAAGAGGUUGCUCCCUCUUCUUGCUUGGGAGCUGAUCCCGAGCUUGAUGAAUUCAUGGAAACUUACUGCGACAUAUUGGUGAAAUACAAAUCCGAUCUGGCGAGGCCGUUCGACGAGGCUACGGACUUCUUGAACAAGAUGGAAAUGCAGCUCCGCAACCUUCUCACCGCUGGGGCGUCUACUAGAGCCCUUUCGGAUGAUGGUGCGGCUUCAUCCGACGAGGAACUCAGAGGAGGAGAGAUCCCACAAGACGGUCUAUCGAAGGCUGAGGACAGGGAUCUCAAGGACCGGCUUAUGCGUAGGUUUGGUGGCCGUAUCACUUCCUUGAAGCUCGAGUUCUCUAAGAAGAAGAAGAAAGGUAAGUUACCCAGGGAUGCAAGACAAGCCCUCCUCGAGUGGUGGAAUCUACAUUACAAGUGGCCUUACCCUACUGAAGGAGAUAAGAUUGCUCUGGCUGAAGCGACGGGGUUAGACCAGAAACAAAUCAACAACUGGUUUAUAAACCAGAGGAAACGCCAUUGGAAGCCAUCGGAGAACAUGCCCUUCAUGAUGAUGGACGAUUCUAGUGGACCUUUCUUUAACGAUGAAUAACACAGAAGACGGUCGCCGAUAUUAUAUAAAAGAAAAAAAAACAGAUUUGUGUUAGACCUUUGUUGUAUAUUUUUGCAACGCUCUGGCAAAAGGGAAAUAGGAUUUGGCAUAUGGGGUGUCAUUGCCAAUGGAUUUCCUGGUAGAUGCACGGACCAGGGACACGCCUAAGCCUAAUUGUCACCCUUUCUGUGCGAGGGAAUCGGAAUUGGCCUUUGUGUUUGUGUUAAAUCUUAUUUAGAAAAUGUUUGAUCGGGCAAUAAAAUUAUGCAAAUGUUUUAUGUC